UGAAGGUUCGUUUACUUAAAAUUUUUCGGUCUAAACUAUUUAUGAUGCUUAGUAAUCCUUCUAAAAACUGUCCUCUUAACAAAUAAAAUUAUCAACAACUUUCGACAAGUAAAAAAAGAACACGAAAUGGACGAUUCACAUUGUUGUAGAAAAGAGUUUGAGGUGUGCUGGGUUUUUGAGCGUUCUCAAGAAGAAUAUUUACCACCGUUCCGAAAUGAACCCAUUGAUGAUCGACAAGUGAUUGGGAAUGACUCAACAAACGACUUCAAUCACUCAGCUUUUACUAAUCAGGAGCAAACAACUGGGGAAGAACGUAAAAGAAGGAGAAAUCAGGAGCCGACUAACACAUUUUGGGUAUCCGUGAGCGAUUACGAAUUGGAUCGGGCCUACGUUGUCUAUCGGUUCUUUCACGAUAUCGGUAUUAUCGUUGCCAAGAGCUUCACGCAAACGAACCGAAUGUAUCUGAAGUACUUGAGCAUGGUGGACUGCCAAAUAGCUCUGAGUUACGAUGGCCAGAAAAUUGGAUACGGUGGAGAUAUUCGUGUGAAAGUCAAGGCGGAAAAUCCUGCUACCGAAAAUGAUCUAAUUGAAGCUCUGGAGAGUUGUUCUCAUAUCGAUGAGAAAUCCACUGAUAACGAAGCGACAAGUACAAUGACCGCAACCAUCGACGUGAACAAUGUGAAUGAUGUAAACAAUGUUGAGGACAGGAAUGAGGUAACUAUUCAUCAAAUGGAAACGGCCCAAUCUGAAAAAGAGCUACAAGAACAUAUUUUCCAAAAAGUUGGCUUCCUGCAGUGGCUCAAAGAGAAACUAUCCUAUGUGUUCUAUUUUUAUUAGGUUUCCUUUUUUGGUUCCAUCAAAUAUUUCAUGUGUUGAUAAAUAAACUGCUAAAACAUA